UCAAAAUGCGACACUAGUGGGAAGUAGAAGCAACUACGUAUACACAUCAAAAAUCGGAAUCCAUAAGCAUUACAUGUGUUUUCAAUCAGCAUUCAAGUUCUAACCAAAAAAUUGAAAGCCAAAAGCGAAAACAAAGAUCCAAAGACUGCUGUAUUCCGUGAGUACAUACGAUAAAGUGCAGAAUCCACCCAAAUGGAUAUUUCUAUUUCAUUCUAUGACAUAGUGCAGUACUUUGAUGGGGUGAAGAGGUCCAUUAAGGAAGGAGAGGAAAUAGUGAAGGCAGGCUGGGUGUAUGCUAUUGGCCUAUCACCACCUCCUUCUACAAACGAAGUCACAGCCAUAGUUGUUGCUGUCUCUUCCAUGACCUCGAAGCCCCAUGAAGUUAAAUUGAAAACUCUUCAUAAAGAUCAUCUCUCAUGGGCAUGCACUUGCUCCUGCAAAGCUGGCUGUGGCAGUAAGUGCAAACACAUAGCUGCUUGCCUAAUUUAUAUCCACAAAUAUCCACACUUAGAUAUAAUAAGUUCUACGGAGAUAACCCAAAAGUGGGGUAAGUUAGGCAAGCAGUUUGCCACUCAGUUUUGCUCCGUAGAUGCAAGUGAUCUCUGCCACUGCCGAAGACAGAUAAAAGUUUUCGAGGAUGUUGUGAAUGAAGAAAUUCAAAAAGAAAUUUUUCAAGGUUUACUUGCUGUUUUCUCAUUCCCAAGAUCAGGAAGCAAGAAAAUGUAUGAAUGAAAAUACCCCUCUACAAAAGAAUGGAAACAUAAAACAAAAUAGAAUAAAAUACAGAUCUUUUGUUUUGGCUCCUCCCUUUUUCUGCACAAAACUUUUGACGUUUAAGAAAAAAAACUGCAAGAAUACAGCGCGACUAGAGCGCUCCCGGUGGUUCAGACAUGGAACACAAAAUCUUGAGUGGUAAUAGUACAAUGGAAUUUAUAUACAAAGCACUAAUACUUAAAUAUUUAAAAGUCAAGUUAAUCACUCAAUCAAUGUUUUUUUUUUAUUUUUUAAAAUAAAUUAUUGUUUUCUGAAAUAAAUAUUUUAAUUAAUUUUCAAACUUACUUAAAAUAUUUUAGAAACCAACUUCCCCAUUAAUUUCUUGAAUAUUACCAAUUUUUUUAAAUUUAAAACAUUCCGUUUAAAGGAAAAAUAAAUUAAUAUAAAUAUUUGACAUUUAAUAUUUUAAGGAAAAACACACAAACACAAAAAAAAAACAGAAUUGAGUGGAAGCGAUUUGAAACCAAUCGAAAACGACAUAAGUUAUCAAUCAUGUAUUCAUGAUUAUCAAAAAUAAUACUAAGUACUGAAAAAAAGCACAUUGUAAUAAAAUUUUAGAAAAUAUAAAAGAUUUAGAAAUAAUUUAAGAUGAGAUCAUCAUAAAUGAUUUGAUUGAUAUUAUCAAUCAAAUCAACAGAAAUUCGGCAUAAUAAUCUUUUAAAAACAUAUAAAAGAUCUUACUGAAGAACGGAGCGUUCUUCCUAAAGAAAGACUAGAGUUAAGUUACAUUUACCAAACGUAUCAAAGAAUUACUAAUAAGGAAUAUUUGAAUCAAAAAAAUCAGCCUCCUAAGAACUCCUCAACAAUAUAAUAACACUGUGCUGGUUUAUUACUUGUUAUUAUUUACUACCAG